AUGGCGGAGAUGUGCAGCCACCGCUCCUCGCUUACCCUCAGCAAGCUCCUCUACGUCCUCACCCUCCUCAUCCUCCCCCACCACCACCACCACCACCAAAGCCCCUCCUCCCUUCAUCCCGCCGCCGCCUUCAUCGGCUAUGCUCUUUCCCUCUUCCACAGCAUCCCCAGCCCCUCCGCCUUCCCCCACAACCUCCUCAUGAGAGCUCACACCCUUCUCUCCUCCCCUCUCCCCGCCCUCCUCGUCUUCGCCCGCAUGCGCCGCGCCGCCGUGAACCCCGACUCCCACGCCUUCCCCUUCGCCCUCCAGGCCUGCGCAACCUUCAGCUCCCCCGCCCUCGGCCGGGCCUUCCACUGCCAGGUCCUCAAGUUCGGCUUCGCCGCCGACUACUACGUCCGCAACAAUUUGAUUAGUGCGUACGCUCCAUUCCACUCCAUGCUUGAAGCCCAAGGCCUCUUCGACGAGUGCCCGUCGUCUCGUCACAUCGUCACCUACAACACCUUGAUGGACGGCUAUGUCAAGGUCGCUGACAACGCGUUUGCACGUAAGCUUUUCGACGAGAUGCCUGCAAGAGAUGCGACGUCGUGGGGCACGCUCUUGGCAGGCUACUCGAAGGUGGCCCGGUUCGAGGAAGCGAUCGAGCUCUUUGAUGGGAUGCUCGCGAUAGGAACGGCGCCCGACGAUGUUGCUUUGGUCUCGGCACUCUCUUGCUGUGCUCAACUGGGGAAGCUGGACCGAGGCGAAGCCAUCCAUGAGUACAUCAAGAAGAACAGAGCUGAACUCAAUGUCUAUCUGUCCACGGGCCUGGUAGACAUGUAUGCAAAGUGCGGCUGCAUUAGUGUUGCUACAGAGAGCGUUGAGUCAACGCCAUGGAAGAACUUGUUCACGUGGAAUGCCAUCAUCGUUGGUCUAGCCAUGCAUGGGAACGGUGAGAUGUCACAGAAGCACUUCAACAGAAUGCGAGCUGUGGGUGUUCGGCCAGAUGGGGUGACCUUCCUAGGAGUCUUGGUGGCUUGUAGCCGUGCAGGACUCGUUGAUAUGGGUCGGAGUCUCUUUGAUGAGAUGGAGAGCGUCUAUGGUGUCGAACGGGAGCUCAAGCAUUCGGAUGCAUGGCAGAUUUGCUCGGACGGGAUGAUCAAGGAAGCGAUGGAAAUGAUAGAAGGGAUGCUAAUGAACGGCGAUGCUUAUGUGUGGGGAGGUGUGCUUGCGGGUUGCCGAAUCCAUGGGGGGAAUGUGGAGAUUGCAGAGGUUGCAGCACGGCAUCUAUUAGAAAGGAACCCUGGGGAGAGUGGGAUCUACUCGAUUUUGGCUGAUAUAUAUGCUACUGCAAGGAGGUGGGAAGAUGUUGCAAGGAUUAGGAAGUUGAUGGGCGACAAAGGAUUGAAGAGAAAGAAUGUUGGUGGUAGUUUUAUUGAGGUGGAUCAUGAGACAGAGACAACAACAGCAGUUGUGGCUCUUUAA